GCGGGUGAUCCCGCACCCUUGCCCGAGGACUUCGCGUUCUCCGUCCACCACGAGUGCGCCUGGGGCUGUCGUGGGGGCUUUUUGCCGGCCCGUUACAACAGCUCGCGCGCCAAGUGCAUCAAGUGCGCGUACUGCGGCCACUUCUUCUUCUCCCCGAACAAGUUCAUCUUCCACUCGCCCCGGAUCGGCCCGUCCGACAAAUACGUCCAGCCCGCCGACGCGGCCAACUUCAACUCGUGGCGCCGUCAACAUGAAGCUCUGUCCGGCACCCAGCCGGACGAGAUAGUCCACGCCUGGGAGGACGUGAAGGCGAUGUUCAACGGCGGCACCAGGAAACGUCUGCUCGGCAACUCGAACGGCAGCCGGGAAUCGCCGAGCCCGGCGAAGCAGCCCAGAUCGUCGCCGAACCGGUCGCCCAGUCCCGCCCUGGUGCCCACCCCGGCGCAUCGUUUGCCGCCGUUCCCGGAACUACCCUUGCCGCUGUCGCGCAGCCUUGUCAUGGACUACGUUUGGCAUCAGCAUCAGCAGGCGGCCGGCGGUGGCCGCGGCCAAGACACCCGGCCCUUUCGCCUUCCGCCCUACGCUCUGCCCUGGUUGACCAAGCGGAGUCCCGUCCUGUUUCCCGGGCCGCUACCGCCUCCCAUAAGCGGCUCCAGCCCCACGGAACCUUUGAUCCCGACCGUCAAUCCAACUUUACAUCAGUCCGCGUUCCGUCCGGUGAUUCGCGGACCGCCCAUCGUCGAGCCGGCGGUGAUCCCGGAACGGCCUUCGGACGUCAGCCAGAAGGAGGAGAACUCCGACGACGAGGUCGACAUCGAGACGACGGAGGACGACCCGGUGACGCCUCUAAACGCGAGCCUUCAGAAUCUUCACUCGGCCUCGAAUUCCGCCAUGAGCAGCCACAGCGGACGGAGUACGUCGCCGCAGUGCUGGAGUCCUCCCCGGGAAACGGAACGGGAGGCUGAAAAGAUCGCCGAAGAAACCGCGGCUCUACGUGAUGUGAAGACGGAAUUGCCGCCGGCGAGAAGUCCCGAGAGCUGGCACGGCAAUGCUUACUAUCGACAUCUCAAUGUUCUCAAGGCGAACGAGCCGGGAGCGGAAAGGGCGGGUUCCGAUUGCUCGGCUUGUCGUCCUACACGCGGUAUAUUUUACGGCCAAGUCCACAGUCCGUCCGCGCCGAGCAAUUAAUCGAGCUGGCUGGCUGGAUUAAUCGACACGCAGGAGCAGCAGUGUAACACGAAAAGAAGGAGGAAGAAGAAGAGAAGAAGGUGACGGAAGAGAUGGAGGACACGUUUAACCCGUUCCGUAAGCUUGCGACACGUCCGUUGCCUUAAAAGCACACUCGAUCUCUUUAUUCUCGAAUUUAAGGACUCGAUGCGCAACAAUGAUCUUUUUUAAAAAUCUGGGCAAAUUAAUUUUAAAGUUGACAAAUUUUAUUAAAUUUAAAAAUUCAUCGGAUUGAAAGAAAUCGAAGCUUCUUUAUCGAUUGAAAAUUAACAAUUAAUUUAAAUUGAAUUUCCAGACACACAUUAAGCUCAAAUUUACUUGAAAUUAGUUUUCCCAAUUUUUUAAGAAAGAUAUACGAUUAAAACAUAUAGUGUUGCACCGAACUCUUUAAUUUCGUAGCUAUAUAUACGUUUUACGCGGUUCAUCGCUAAAACGGGGGCCCCGAUUUUGUAAUUAUAAGGCUCUGAUUUUGCCCAGAAGAUAAAUAUGGACCCGGUAGUAGAAAAUGUUAGGUAAUAUUUCGUCUCACGCGUUUCUUGUGAUAUCGGCAUGAAAGCAGACAUCAAUUUUAUCGCGUCGACAAGUCGACGGCCUCUUGUCACGUCCGGUAAUGGAUCUUUACUGGAAGGAUAACAGCUCGUUUUAGCAGGACGUUUACGCGUCUCGUCCUUUUACGGCAUCGUAAGUAGGCGAACAGAUCGAUCGAAUCGACAAGUUUUGCGAGCACUCGUUGUGAAUAUAGAACGACUCUAAGAUAACGCACGCUAGAGAUCAUUUUAUUGCGUUUCGUAGAUAGAACGGAAAAGGAACUCACUAAUCCGAGGAUUUUCAAGGGUCUUUGUUAAUCUAGUCUCAUAUUAUACGCCGAUUGCUAUAAUUUUCUAGCGAAAUUCGCGGAAAGCUCAGUAUAAUACGCGCCCACAUCUGAAAGACAAAUUUGUUUUUUACAUAGUAUUAUUUGGUAAAAAAAAUCGAUAAUAAAUUUUUAAAAAAAGCAUUUUCAAUACUUUCAAAUUUUUGCCUAAAUCGAGUGUCAUAAAAAAAUCAAUAUAUUGUAUAUUAGAAAUUUCCCAUAAUAAGAUUAUUAGAUAAAUAUUUAAAAAAUAUACAUGAAAAAAAAAUGACAAUUAUUAUUGUCGGAAUCAGAUCAUGAAAUCGCAAUUUUAACUGAUUUGUGAUAUUAAUUUAUUAUAGCAAAUUUCUUGCAUAAAAAUAAUAUUAUUAAGAGAGUUGAUCCGCGGAGAGACUUAAAUGUAGAAAUCAAUUUAACCCAGAAUUUGAAUCACGCGCAUACAAAAAAAAAUGACAAGAUCAGAAACGAACUCGGCGAAUUAUAUUAACAGUAAAAUCUGUUUCUCUGACAAUUUUCGUCGCAAAAUCGCCGAUAAUCGCUCCCGGCAUCGAACAGCACAGUAUAGCUUAGGAUCGAUAGAUUAAACACUUAUCGCGAGGACGAUAUACACAGUGCAAUUAUACUUUGUUGUGUGUAAUCCAUUUAGCAAAUCGAUCGAGAUAAACCGAACUGAUACGAAUAAAAUUUAGAGAAAAGAAAAAAUGGAUUCCUCGCGCGCUUUUAGGCCGCAGCUGUAAGUACCGCCGUUCGUAGAUUAAUAUAUAAUAAAGUGCAUCAUAUUGAACAUAUUGUAGAUGACAGCGUGUGUGAAAAACCCACGAGUGUAAUCCAAAGUUUCAAUAAAAGAUCUUGAUCACUAAAAGAGUCAUGGGAGAGGAUGGAAAGAGGAAAAAAACGCAAUUAACCCUCGAUUUCUGUCCCUCAACCAGUGAGAGUUUGUAAUGUUACGUGACAGAUGUAAUCUUGAUAUGUAAUAUUAUA